GUGACAACGUCAUACUUCCAAAAACCCGAAUCGCUCUAUGUAAGCACUACUCUAACUUUACCUACUUUGAGUCCGAAUUUUCGCGGCCCUUUUGCUGGAAAUCCCCCAACUGUUGUACCGGCAUCUAAACGCGUAUUGCGUACCUACUGACCUGUAGUGUCUCCUUUUUUGCGAUGACUAAAAAUCCUUGAAGUGAUAUAAGUGAAGUGCAAUAAAAGUAUGGUACUUCCGAGGCUCAAUGCAGUGUGUUAGAGUGCUGCAGAACGAGUGACAAAGAAGAAGAGCAUGAAGACAGAGUACCGCUUAUGUGCCGCAUGUGGAGAGCCGAUAGGUGACAAAUUUCUUCUCGAAGUGUCUGGCCGAAACUGGCACGCAAGAUGUUUGAGAUGUUGCGUUUGUCAGUUGCAACUUGAUCGACAGCCUUCAUGUUUUAUACGAGACAGGGCUGUUUAUUGUAAAGCGGAUUAUGCCAAAAGUUUCGGAGCAAAGUGUUCAGUUUGUGCGAGGGGGAUUUCCUCGAGCGAUUGGGUACGAAAGGCGCGAGAACACGUCUAUCAUUUAGCCUGUUUCGCCUGUGCGGCGUGUCAUCGACAGCUUUCCACAGGAGAGGAAUUUGCCCUUCACGAAGAUAGGGUCUUGUGCAAGGCACACUAUCUGGAAACCCUAGAUGGAGGCACCACCUCGUCGGAUGAUGGUUGUGAUGCUGAUGGAUUUCACAAGAAUAAGGCCAAAAGAGUGCGGACGACUUUUACCGAAGAGCAGUUGCAAGUUCUGCAGGCAAAUUUUCAAUUGGAUUCAAAUCCUGAUGGUCAAGACUUAGAACGAAUUGCUCAAAUCACAGGACUUAGCAAAAGAGUGACCCAAGUUUGGUUUCAAAAUUCUCGGGCGCGACAAAAGAAACAUAUGCACAAUGGCAAAGUAAAGACCCAAAUGCAUAACAAUAAUAGCAACGAUUCAAAUGGUUUCGGCCGACACCAUAUAAAUCUUCACUUGACGUAUUCGUUUCAACAACAAAAUUCCAAAACUACCCCGCCUCUUUUUUCCCACCCUGAUUCUUCACUAGACGAAUUAUCCCAAGAAUCGUCGUCGAUGCACUGUAUGCAAAGUGAAGUAUAAACUUAAAGACGACACGAGACGAAGGUGAAGAGAAAAUUAGGAAUUCAUGUAUUGGCAAUUUCCAAUAUACAAAGUGAUUUUUACUGUACUAGUUACUAAUAUAAAUGAU